AUUCGCACUCAGAACAAGACGCAUUUUACUGCAUUUGACACAUGAACAGAUAGAUCAGAUUGUGAACAUCUUUGCCCUCUUGAGUAUCAGAUGCAUGCCUCCAAUGGCCAUCUACGGUAGGUAGUGAUAUUGCUAGUAUGCUAUAAGGCGGCGGACCUACAGGAGUCGUUAACAUACCUAGUGCUCAGCCUUGUCUCAAUCAGACUGUUGAUAAAAGAAAUCCAUCAGGGCUGUUCUAACUUUGAGCUUGGGUAUUUCUUUGUAGGGAUUCCAAGGUUAUUCACACACUGACUGCUUGGGCUUCGAUCAUCAAACCAGUUGUCAUUGUUGCGUGUCUUUUCUGGGGUCCUGGCAGAGCAGAUCAUUUGAUAGAACUUUGCGACAAGAAUCUUGGUAAUGCAUACAUACAUGUGAAUCCCCCUCGCUGCACCAACGUGAAGUUGCUUCUCGAGGACGGUCUGCCGGAAAGGCAACAUCUGGUGUCCAGAUGUCCAGAUGUCGAGAUGGCUAGAGAUGAACUUAUCCAACAAGCAAGCAAGCAACGGUAGGUGCCAGGAUAGGUCGUAGUCGUAAAUGGUAGGUGGUGAUAUCUACAAGUCGAGUAUCAAGUCGAGCCUCAACCCAAUUGGCGCUUGCUUCCUUCAUGCCGUAUCCAACUUAUUCCAAACAAGCACCAUCAGCAAACGUCAUGAGCAUUGACGCCACACUCCAUUGUGACUGACCCCAAGCAAGCGAUUCUCUUAUUCGCAUCAAUCACCGCUGCCGCACUGUCUGUGUCCAUCGUAAAUCGUGCUGGGUAGCCCACUCCGCCGUGAAUGAACCCACUUCAGCUUGCAUCACCAUUCGGAUUCGGAAGCAAGUUGGAACCCCAGAGAGGUGACUAAAUCAUUAUAUCACCGAUCCAUCUACCUAGUACAAAGAGUGCCGACCCUGCCCUACCGACCAGCUGGUACUUGCUAAUUAUUAGAAUCCCAUCCCAUCCCACGAGCACAAUCUGCCGCUGUCGAGGGAGGCAAGAACAACUCCGAGCGAAGGAAGGAACUCAUUGUCAUCCUGCCAGGACAGGACCCUACACGGCACUAGGUUCAUACACUACACUUACUAGGAUAUCAACAACACCUAGCUCCCACUACUACUUCCAACCCUUCAAAGUUCUGCCAACCCCAUUCACUAUCGCAAGUCUAUCGAAAGUCUAUCAAAAGUGUACAGUUUUGCAGCACAAUACGAGAUACCAUCGCUUGCAUUGAAAUAUACCACCCGCCCUCUUUUCUCUUUUGCUCUGCUCAACACCACCCCUCUUUGUUUCUUUCCUAUUGGGUUUGUUACUCUACAUCGGAGAAGGUCGCUGGAAAAGUUUAGAAGCUGGUUGCACCGUUUGUCGACCGCGGCCAUGGAUCCUUCUAUCGAUGCAGACAUACAAUCCCCCGAGAAUAUGAUUGUUGACCCGGACGAGUAUGUCGAACCAUCAGACAAUGAGAAGGAUGACAUCGCCAUCAUAGAUCCGGAUGAGCCCAGGCCAACGCCUGCUGAUGAUUAUGAAGCUAUAAGAGAGCUGGUAUUGCCACCGCUGGAUCAACAACCCCCGAUCAUAGAGACGGUUCAUCAUACUUGGGAGAUUAAAAAUUGGCAAGGGCUCCAAAAGAGAGAACAUGGUCCAAUCUUUCAUGCGGGGGGAUAUCCAUGGCGUAUUCUAAUGUUCCCCUACGGAAAUAAUAGCGAUAAUGUGUCCUUCUACCUGGAGCACGGAUUUGAGGAUGGGCCUCCAGACGACUUUGUAUGCUGUUUACAAUUCGGCCUCGUUCUAUGGAAUCCGAAUGAUCCAACGCUUUACACUUACCACACCGCGCAUCAUCGAUUUACCAAAGAGGAAGGGGACUGGGGCUUUACUCGAUUCGUUGAAACCCGCAAGCUUCAUGCUCAUGUAUGGCCUGGAUCCAACCCCCCGAGGCCGUUGGUUGAGAGCGGAGAAGCAAAUAUGACAGCAUAUGUAAAAAUAGUCGAGGACGAAACAGGAGUUUUAUGGCAUAACUUCAACAACUAUGAUUCGAAGAAAGAAACUGGAUUUGUCGGGUUAAAAAAUCAAGGAGCAACAUGUUAUUUGAACUCACUCAUUCAGUCCCUAUAUUUUACUAAUGCCUUCCGGAAGGCAGUAUAUCAAAUUCCAACGCAAGACGAGGACACCACCACAAACAGCGCAUAUACUCUACAACGCCUCUUUUAUCAGCUGCAGUCAUCUUCUGCAGCUGUGAGUACCAACGAGCUCACCAAGUCUUUUGGCUGGGAUACAAAACAGAUUUUUGAACAGCAAGAUGUUCAAGAGCUUUCUAGGAAAUUGAUGGAGGUUAUGGAAAAGAGAAUGAAGGGGACUGAAGCUGAAAACGUUCUCCCUAAAUUGUUUUGCGGAAAAGUGCGAACCUAUAUCUCUUGCAUAAAUGUCGACUACGAAUCUCGCCGAGUAGAAGAUUUUUGGGACGUCCAACUGAAUGUUAGCGGUAACAAGGACAUUGAAGCCAGUUUCCGGGAUUAUAUUCAAGUCGAGACAAUGGAUGGCGACAAUCAAUACUUCGCAGGUGAAAAUUACAAACUUCAAGAUGCGAAGAAAGGUGUCAUCUUCGAAUCGUUUCCCGAGGUUCUUCAUUUGCAGCUCAAGCGAUUCGAAUAUGAUAUUGAGAGAGAUUCCAUGAUGAAGGUCAACGAUCGUUACGAAUUUCCAGAUACUUUUGAUGCCGCGCCAUAUCUGUCAGAUGAUGCAGAUAGAUCCGAAUCUUGGAUUUAUAAGCUGCAUGGAGUUCUUGUACACAGCGGCGAUCUCAAUGCAGGACAUUACUAUGCUUUUAUCAAGCCUGAAAAGGAUGGGUGGUUCUACAAAUAUGAUGAUGACAAAGUAACCAAGGCCACAAUGCGAGAAGUUUUGGAAGACAAUUAUGGAGGAGAGAUGCCCCUUUUGAAUGGGCAAGUUUAUGAUGCAUCGCAAAAACCUAUCAUACGACAUAACAGCGCAUAUAUGCUUGUCUACAUUCGCGAGGCAAGACUCGAUGAGGUAUUACUUCCCGUAACCAACGCCGAUACGCCAGCUCAUCUCCAAAGAAAACUUGAAGAGGAGGCCGCUUUCAAAGAAGCACGACGGAAGGAACGUGAAGAACAGCACUUAUACCUUACUGUUAGGGUGAUUACCCAGGAGACCUACGCAGCUCAUGGUGGACAUGAUCUUACAGUAUUUGACCGAAGCCAUGACGAGGAUCCUGCGGCUGCUAAAUCUUACAAACUCCUCAAGAAGUGUACUAUUAGAGAGCUCAUCAAAGUGAUUGGUAAGGAUACUGGAACUGAUCCAAGAAGACUACGAGUCUGGUUCAUGGUCAAUCGUCAAAACAAAACAACAAGACCUGACACGCCUGUCCUGGACUACGAUCAAACCAUUGAAGAAGCUCACCUAAAGUUAGCUGGUAGUAAGACACAGGAGCUGAGGCUUUGGGCCGAAACAGCCGAAACAGUUGAUUCCAAUGGUGAUGCGGUGUGGCCAGCUCAUCCGCUGGUGAAAGAAGGGUCGUCUCCAAGUAGAUCUGAUGAAAUUGUCAUAUUUCUCAAAUGGUUCAACGUUGAUACCCAGUCUUUAGUUGGAUGCGGUCACAUUUAUAUCAGUAGCCAGAGUAAAGUUGAAGAACUGGCCCCGUUCAUCUUAAAACGUAUGAAUUGGCCAGAGGAUACUAGAUUGAAGCUCUACGAGGAGAUAAAACCAGACAUGAUCGAACCUAUGAAAGCGAAACAAUCACUCAAGGCAGCAGAACUACAGGAUGGCGAUAUUGUUUGUUUCCAGAGAGCUUCGGAAGGAAGUAGUGGAAGCGAUGGCUCGGAUACCACUACCAUGGUCUCCAAUGGUUUAAACCCACGCCAGCAGCCUCUCAAAUCAUCUGACAUCAUAGAUGAUGCGCGACUAUACUACGAUUUCCUCCGUCAUCGAAGGCUCAUCACUUUCCAUUGUCAUCCAACUAGAGGAAACAAAGAAUUCAAUAUAGACAAUUGCGAAUCAUUCACUCUGGUAUUAAGUGCAAAGCACACUUACGAUCAGGUAGCUGCCAAGGUUGGAGAGAAGCUGAGUGUUGAACCGACUCAUAUCAGAUUCUGGACUAUCGCUUUAAAUACAGGUAAUCCCAAAACAGCGAUCAGGCGCACGUCGAACCACACUCUGGUCAACAUGGUUAGCAGUAGCUACGCUUCAUUUGCUGGUACCAGCAUUAGAUCAGAUGCUUUAUUUUUCGAGGUCCUUGAUAUCAGUCUCGCGGAAUUGGAUACCAAGAAACCUAUGAAGGUUAGCUGGAUCAGCGAAGGUGUCACAAAAGAAGAACCACUAGAUAUACUAGUGCCUAAAACUGGAACUGUGGAUGAUAUAGUGUCUUCGGUGAUUAAGAAAGCACAAUUAGAAGACGAAGAAAAGGGUGGACCUAUUCGAGUAUAUGAAACACACAGCAAUAAAAUUCACAGAGAGCUGUCUCGUGGUCAUCUAAUCAAGGAUCUCACCGAUUACAUUCAGAUUAUACUAGAGCGAAUACCGGAAGAAGAGCUUGCGCAACCGAAUGGCAGUCAAUACAUUCAUGCCUUUCACUUCCACAGUGAUCCAACCAAAGCCCACUCCGUUCCGUUCAAAUUUCUCAUCUUUCAAGAUGAAAUAUUUUCCGACACUAAGAAGCGACUGGAGAAGCGGACUGGUAUAAAAGGCAAGAACCUUGAGAAGAUCAAAUUUGCGAUCGUCAAGAGGAGCUCUUACACAAAACCUAUAUACUUGAAUGAUGACGAUACAUUAUGGGAUAUGCUUGGGGAUGAUGACGACCAACUCGGAUUAGAUCACAUUGAUAAGAUACGAAACACAAGGACUGGCAUGGGAGACUUGUUCUUGAAGUAGAUUUUGGCAUUGCUUAUGAGAGGUUUUCUGCAUGGCGCUAUUGGUUGGCGGGAAAAUAGGCACAGUCUUUGAUAAAGACAACGCGAUGAUGUAGACAAUGGGCAUGGUAGCGAAGUCAAUUUUUUCUAAACAACAUAAUAGGUCACCAGAAAACUUCAUACCUAGCGAUAAAUGAUCGAGGACGGUGGGGAGACCAAUGGUAACUAUGAUGCAGAUAUCCUUCUAGUACGACGUUAGCCACUUUGUAACCUAAAUAACAAACGCGAAAUUGUUUACCA